CCAUUCACAAAAUCACGAGAGUCAUCAUGGGACCGUGUAGCCUUUAACCUACUGCAGCAGUGUUUUGGGUCACCGAUGUAGACAGUAUGGCGGUAGAAACCAUCGCACCUGACUGGGAGUUUGACCGUUUUGACGACGGUUCACAAAAAAUACACACAGAGGUUCAACUGAAGAACUACAGCAAAUUUCUGGAGGACUACACCUCCCAGCUGAGGGGUAUCGAGGAGGCUCUGGAUGACUCCAUCGGAGAUGUGUGGGACUUCACUCUGGACCCCAUUGCCCUGAAGCUAAUCCCAUAUGAGCAGUCAUCAUUAUUGGAGUUAAUUAAAACAGACAACAAGGUUCUGAACAAAGUCAUCACAGUUUAUGCUGCGCUCUGCAGUGAAGUGAAGAAGCUUAAGUAUGAGGCAGAAACCAAGUUUUACAAUGGCUUAUUGUACUACGGAGAAGGAGUGUCUGACACUAGUGUUGUUGAAGGAGAGUCCCAGAUUCAAAUGGGCAGAUUUAUCUCAUUCCUUCAGGAACUGUCCUGUUUUGUGUCAAGAUGUUAUGAAGUGGUGGUCAACAUUGUUCAUCAGCUAGCUGCCCUCUACAACAGCAACAAGGGUGCAACAAAAAUCAUUGAGUCAUCAGGUGUCCAUUUCCAGAUAGUGUACGAACAUCUGGGAGAGUUGUUAGUAGUUCUGCUCACGCUCGAUGAGAUAAUGGAAAAUCAUGGCACGCUGAAAGAUCACUGGAAGAUGUAUAAAAGGUUGUUGAAAUCUGUGCACCAUAACCCGGGGAAAUUUUCCAUUCCUGAAGAGAAGCUGAAACCAUUUGAGAAGCUUCUGCUCAAGCUUGAGGGACAGAUGCUGGAUGGCAUGAUACUGCAGGCCUGUGUGGAGCAGAGAUUCGAUGAUCCUGGGGAAGGAGUAGCUGUUGCCAAAAACAGUGCUUUUGCCGAGGAGUUUGCCUUCAACAUUCGCACCAUAUUCACCAAUGUCGAGUCCAAAAUUGGCGAACCUUCAGAGAUUGACCAGAGAGAUAAAUAUGCUGGUGUCUGUGGUCUCUAUGUGCUUCACUUUCACAUCUUUAGGUGUGUUGACAAAAAGUUCUACAAGGCACUGCUCGACGUCUGUAAAAAGGUUCCAGCUGUCACUCUGACUGCAAACAUCAUCUGGUUUCCUGACACUUUCCUCCUCGCUAAGGUCCCAGCCGCAGCUAAACUGAUGGAUAAGAAGAGUCUACAGGCCAUCAGAGCGCAGAGAGACACCUACCUGCAGCAAAGAGCUCAGGCACUAACAAAGGAUGUUCAGUCCUACUACGUGUUUGUAACUUCCUGGAUGAUGAAGAUGGAGUCCAUUCUGUCCAAGGAGCAUAAAAGCGACAAGUUGGCAGAAGACUUGAACAGCAGGUGUAAUGUCUUUGUACAGGGCAUCCUGUAUGCAUACAGCAUCAUCACCAUUAUCAAAACCACCAUGAACAUGUACAUGUCGAUGCAGCGGCCCAUGACCAAGACCUCUGUCAAAGCUCUGUGUCGACUGGUUGAAUUGCUCAAGGCUGUGGAGCACACAUUUCACAGGCGAUCCAUGGUCGUAGCAGACUCUGUUUCUCACAUCACUCAGCAGCUGCAGUCACAGGCCCUCAACGCCAUCGGCAUCGCCAAGAAAAGGGUGAUCUCCGAAAAGAAGUACAGCGAGCAGCGGCUGGAUGUGCUGUCGUCUUUGGUGCUGGCAGAAAAUGCUCUGAGUGGACCAAGCACAAAGGAGCGACGCCUGGUGGUGUCUCUGGCACUGUGUGUCGGCACGCAGCUGAAAACGUUUAAAGAUGAGGAGCUGCUUCCACUGCAGCUUGUGUUGAAGAAGCUGGAUCUGAUAAGUGAGCUGAGUGAGAGGGUCAAGCUGCAGUGCAACUGUAGUUUCCUUUACUGGCACCGAGCUGUGUUUCCCAUCUACCUAGAUGAUGUAUACGACCACGCCAUGGACGCAGCACGAAUACACUACAUGUUUAGUGCGCUGCGGGACAGCGUGCCGUCCAUGUUGCACGCUAAACACAUGGCAUCCUGUGACCAGCUACUGGAGAGCUACGACAAGGAGAUCAUGGACGUGUUUAACGAGCACCUGCUGGACAAGCUGUGUAAGGAGAUUGAGAAGGACCUGCGUCUCUCUGUACACACCCAUCUGAAGCUGGACGACCGGAACCCUUUCAAAGUUGGCAUGAAGGACCUUGCCCACUUCUUCUCCCUCAAACCCAUCCGAUUUUUCAACCGCUUCAUCCAUAUUAAAGCCUAUGUGACCCACUACCUGGAUAAAACGUUCUACAACCUAACCACUGUCGCUCUGCAUGACUGGGCCACCUACAGUGAGAUGAGAAACCUCGCCACGCAGCGCUAUGGACUUACCAUGACGGAGGCACACCUGCCCAGCCAGACCCUGGAGCAGGGUUUGGACGUUCUGGAGAUCAUGAGGAACAUUCAUGUUUUUGUCUCGCGCUACCUCUAUAACCUCAACAACCAGAUCUUCAUAGAAAAGGCCAGUAACAACAAGCACUUGAACACCAUCAACAUCCGUCACAUCGCCAACUCGAUCCGGACCCACGGCACAGGCAUUAUGAACACCACGGUGAAUUUCACCUACCAGUUCCUACAGAAGAAGUUUUACAUCUUCAGUCAGUUUAUGUAUGACGAACACAUCAAGUCCAGACUCAUCAAGGACAUCCGCUUCUUCAGAGAAACAAAGGACCAGACCGAUCAGAAGUAUCCAUUUGAGCGAGCGGAGAAGUUUAACCGUGGCAUCAGGAAGUUGGGCAUUACUCCUGAUGGACAGAGCUACCUGGACCAGUUCAGACAGCUCAUCAGCCAGAUUGGUAACGCCAUGGGCUAUGUGCGUAUGAUCCGUUCUGGAGGCCUCCACUGUUGCAGCAGUGCUAUCAGGUUUGUCCCCGACCUGGAGGAUAUAGUCAACUUUGAGGAGCUGGUGAAGGAGGAGGGGCUGUCGGAGGACACCCGGAAAGCUGCUAGUGUCCUAGAUUCAGUGUUGGGAGAUCUGACCAGCAACUCUGCAGAGGGCACAGAGUACUUCAAGAUGCUGGUGGCGGUGUUUGCACCGGAGUUUCGCAGUGCCAAGAAUAUGCACCUGAGGAACUUCUACAUGAUUGUACCCCCACUGACGGUGAAUUUUGUGGAGCACUCCAUCAGCUGCAAAGAGAAACUCAACAAGAAGAACAAAACUGGAGCUGCUUUCACAGAUGAUGGCUUUGCUAUGGGUGUGGCGUACAUUUUGAAGCUGCUUGACCAGUAUCUGGAGUUUGAUUCUCUGCACUGGUUCCAGGCCGUCAGAGAUAAGUACAAGAAAGAGAUGAAUGCUGUGGUGAAGGAGCAGAGCGUCCAGUCUGCCAGCCAGGAUGAAAAGUUGUUGCAAACGAUGAACCUCACUCAGAAGAGGCUGGAUGUCUACCUUCAGGAGUUUGAGCUGCUCCACUUCUCAUUAAGCAGCGCCCGGAUCUUCUUCAGAGCAGACAAGACUGCAGCCGAGGAGACUCAGGAGAAGAAAGAAGCUUCCAAAGCAGGAGGUACAACCCCUGCUGAACCUGCCUCAAAGUGACCCUCCAGAUCAGUGUUCACAACUUGAGUACUGACAGAUGAGGGGAGUAUGCGCCUGGCCAGAGGAGGAAGUUUGAAGAGAGGAUCUCGAGCAGCAGAUUGCACUGAAAUGUGUGUGCAGUUUAGGCAGAAAGGACCAUAAACUGGAUGAAACGACAGAUAAUUGAAUGAUAUUGUUUCUCUUUAUGUCCCAUGACAAAGCAGUUCUCUUCAUUAGAGGAAAAAAAAUUUGUGCUUAAGUGUCUAUUUUUUUUUUUUUGUGUGUGUUUCCGUUCUACAGAAACAUCAAUUUAACAUCCCCUCAGUUUUGAAGUGUUUGCAACAUCUAAAUAAAUUCAGUUUGAAUUUGUAGCAUUUACGCAAGCGACUGCAAUUUAAAAAAAAAAAAGGUCAAGUGGUGUAACGAGUGUAAGGUGAAAGUGAAUGCUUUCCUCUGCCACACUGCCUUCUGAUACUUAUACAUCCAGUCUGGAUCACUUUUCAUAGCAGCUGUAUGCGUGUCCUCUGCUAAUCAGAGACAAAUUCAAUCAAUGACUGAUUUUU